AUGACCAAGAAGGGCCAACUGCAGAACUGCAAUUUGAUGAAGCACCAUAAAAGCAAGGCGCACAAGGCAGCGGUGAAGGAAUGGUUGAAGGAAGGGGGCUGUGUUGGUCCUAGUCCCGAUGCAGCCCUGGCAUUGAGUCAGUUUCAAGAGCUGAUGGAGUGCUUUGGCGAGAAAAGAUCAUUGACGCAAAAAGAGCUGCAAAUGGCAUGGUGUUUGGCAGAGGGGUUAAAAGCUUUGGACCAAACGUUCAUUGCGAAAUCUUCUCACAUUUCUUUGAUGCGGGAUGAGCGGCAUGGGCGGUUGGCCAUACGAUUCAUGGCUGUGGCCCCAGACUUGACAACUCGAAGUGGCUUUUUAGGCCAAGCAAGGCAAGCUGCUGGAACAGGAGCCACCUGGGUAUUUCAACUCACCCAAGCUGCUGCGGCCGAGGCUUCAGCCACAGAAGCUUGGCUGCUUCGGCCAAAUCGCCUGGCUGUUUCGGCCAGCAAGGGUUUCGAGAAGACAGACCGUCUCUUAGAAAAUAGCUGCCUCGGCCUGCAAUCACAGGCUGUUUCGGCCUGGAAUAUAACCUCACAGACUGGUUCGGUCUUGGAGCCAGUUGGCUACCACAGUCCUAUGAGCUCUGCGACGAGUCGAUCCACGACUUUUCGCGAAGAUCAUUAUCGAUCUGACACCUCUGGACGGCCGCAUGGCUUGGGCAGCCUUGCGAAAUCGGGUAUAGGGUAUGUAGGAGUUGCCUUCAACCCAGAGCACCACCGGCUGCUUGCAUUGCUUGAAAAAGAAAUGACAAACCCUGAGUCCAGCUUGUUUUCGUCAGCUUACAGUGAAGCCGUCGGUGGCAGUGGGCAGGCACCUGUGAAUCAGACCGCAAAACCAAAGGCAAAGGUAAAGGCAAAGGCCAAAGGCAAGGGAAAGGCCAAACCAAAGGCUAAGGCAAAAGCCAAAGCCAAGCAAACAAAGGAUGAGCAGGAGGAAGGCGAAGAGGAAAACGACGAAGAUGAAGAAGACGACGUCUGGAAUCCUUUGGGAGACGACGAUGACGACGAAGAGGACAAUGGAGACAAGUGA